GGGGGGGCUGUACCGUACAGACAGAAGCGCUUCUAACCUGAAACACAGAAGCCCGAACUACCCGCGCUAGUUGCAGGAAUUCCUGGGAGCCUCGUUUAAAAUCGAUACUUUAUUGCAGUCAGUUGUAUUGAUUGCUUACCAUGGCUGAGAGUAUUAAGAACGUGCUGAUAUUCGGAGCGACUGGAAUGACUGGGCUCGCGACACUGCGUGUUCGAGCAAGCGCGGGGUAUAAUGUGACUGUGCUGGUAAGGGACCCAGCUAAGCUGCCCACCGGGCACAAGGCCUCCCGAGUGGUGACUGGGGACGUCCUGAAUAAGGAGGCCGUGAGGCAUGCCAUGGAGGGGCAGGACGCUGUCAUCAUCAUUUUGGGGACCAGGAAUGACCUCAGUCCUACUACAAUGAUGUCCGAAGGCACCAGGAAUAUCUUGGAUGCUAUGAAAGCACGUGGGAUUCGCAAAGUUAUUGCUUGCAUGUCGGCUUUCCUCCUGUGGGAUCGCGCCAAGGUGCCCCCUCGUCUGGUGGCUGUCACUGAAGAUCACGACCGUAUGUACCAGGUGCUGAGGGACUCUGGUCUGGACUACGUGGCAGUCAUGCCACCUCAUAUUGCAGAUAACCACCCCUUAACGGAGAAAUACACUGUCACAGAAAACAUGUUGAAGGGAAGAGUCAUCUCCAAACAUGACCUGGGCCAUUUUUUUGUCAAGUGUCUGUCUACCAGUGACUGGGACCAGAAAACUGUUGGGCUUUCAGGAGAAUACAGUUAAUGGAGGCCUCAUCGUCGACGAGAUGACUAGCGUAGUCUGUUUUAUCUGCACAGCUGUUUGCACGACUCCCCUCAUCAUCGCUCUACUCUAAUGAUUGCAGGGGUGGGAAUAAGACUCCCAUUGCAUUGCACUUUCACCCAUUCCAGGUUUUAAUACGAGCUUCAUUCAUGGAUCAAACUGCUAUGCAAUGGGAGUUAUUUCCAUCCAAUUUGAAAAGUCUCUGAAGAUGUGACGCUAAACAACAUAAGAACAUAAGAAAGUUUACAAACGAGAGGAGGCCAUUCGGCCCAUCUUGCUCGUUUGGUUGCCAUCGUUCCACUUCCAUUUCUGCACGCACCUUUUAGGGUCAUUAACUGCUCCCGGUGUAAACGAAUAUGGGUCCCCCCCCACGUGCAUUUUUAUAAUUGAUCCGAUAUUGAUGCACAUUCUGCAGGUAUAGUGCUGGUAAAUGUGAGGAAUGUUUGCAGGCUGUUCUCAUGUGUUAUUGUAGGUGAGAUUGGACCAAAGGGGACUGGGUGGUACAAGGUUAGGGUUAGAGAAAGUGGUCCUAAAAUUAAGGUUUUAGUUGAUAGUACAUAGAUAUAGAAAAAAAAGAAAGAUUACUUUGAUACAAAAAAAGAAAUAAGGGGGUACAUAUAUUCAGAAGGGGAACCAAUUUUCCUGAGUAUUGGUUCCCAGGGGGAAACAAAUAUUUGUUCCUGGGGGGAACAACUAUUCAGGGAGAAGGAAGGCAGCAGUGGCAAUGGUGCUUUUAAAUGCUGGGUUUGAAAACCUUCUUUCCUGCACUUUUGAAGCCCCACGUCACGGAAACAAGAUGUCCUGCAGAAUGAAAAUAAAGGGCUUGGAAACUUUUGCAAUUUUAACAGUUCUUAUUCGAAAAAAUAAAAUCUUCCCCGGC